CUUUACAGUUUUGCGUGUAUAUUUUGACUAUGGGGAAAAUGAGAGGUAAUUAGCUUCUAGAUAUAGAGAGAAAGAGAGAGACAUGAUUUGUUGAAGUGUCAUCUUCUUAUAUAUACUCUCGAGGAAAUAGGAAACAAAAACCCCAAAUCCCUCUCCUUCUCUCAAUAUCCUUUCUCACAAUUUUUUUUCUUCCCUAUCUACGCUUCUUGCAUCACCACACAUCUCUCUCUGGGAAGCAUGUCUGUUUCUUGAAGAGGACAAAAGGAUUUCUAUUUCUUUUUUUUUUUUUUUGCCUUUAGGCACCCUCUACAUACCAAACUUUUUCUUUCUUUCUUUCUUUCUUGCUUGCCAUACUUUGGUUAUGUGAAGUUGAUAAAAGGGUUCUUCUUUCUUUUUCCUAGCCAUCUACACUUCUAACCUACUAAAGAUUGCUUUUUUAGUAAGUUUGGAAAAGAUCCCACUUCAAAAAUCUACUCUAUUCUUUGUGUUCUUGAAUUUUGCCUUCUCUUUUUUAAUUAUUGAAGAACAAGAACAACAGCUAGAUAGCCUGCAACCAUUAAUUUCUAAGGGAAUAUUGAAAAUGUCCCAGAAAGGAAUUUUUGAUAAACAGUCUCUGAAUCUGAUUCCAGACCUUUCACUGCACAUAAGCCUUCCAAACAGUGCUCCUUCUUCAAUUUGCACUGGCACAAACGAUGGUGAUUCGGCUUUUGAUAUUUGGCGCAAAGAUGAUGGACUAAUAAAAUCACAUAGUGAUAGUUCUAUAAGAGUUGGGUCUCAAAUAUCAGACACUGAACUUUCUCUUGCAAAUCCAACAAGCACUGCUGCUUUGGAGGCAGAGAGUCCUUGGAGAAUAAACUACGGUGGAAGAGGGACUGGCGGUCUUGAGGAUCAUCACCCUGAUCGAGCAAGGCAAAGAAAUCUUCUUCUUCAACGUUCUAGUAAUGGCCAAAUGAGUCAUAUAAACCAUGGGAUCUCAGUUCUUGAUGUCACAGGAUCGAAGCCUAUAAAGGGGAUUCCAGUUUACAAUAGCUGGAAUAGUUCAGGAGAUCAUAAUAUUGAUCCUAGAUUUAGCUUUAACCAAAUGCCUUAUUCACCAUCUUGCACCCCCUACUCUUCUUCAAAUUCUUCAGCUGAUCACCAUACCUCCACUUUGCAAGCUUACAGAAUGGGUACUUCUGCACCAAGAUUCAAUGGAAUGUCAAUGGAGUCACUGAGAGUUCCACAAUAUCAUCAAUACCAUCAAUAUGGAGCUGCUGCAGGAGUAGGGGGUGGUGGUGCGGAGCUAUAUGGUAGUAGUGGCAUGAUUCGAUCAAGAUUUAUGCCAAAGUUACAUAGCAAGAGGAACAUGAGAGCUCCAAGAAUGCGUUGGACUAGCUCACUCCAUUCUCGUUUUGUUCAUGCUGUUGAGCUCCUUGGUGGCCAUGAAAGGGCAACUCCAAAGUCAGUUCUAGAGCUCAUGGAUGUCAAAGAUCUAACGCUUGCUCAUGUUAAAAGUCAUUUACAGAUGUACAGAACUGUUAAAAGCACUGACUGCAGACCUACAGCUUCCUCAGAUGGAUCUGGUGAUGAAGAUUUCGUUUCUGGAACAGCUUGCAUUACCCAAAAUGCUACCCAUUUACUCAACCAGAAAGGAGGUUCAAAGGUGCUUAAUUUGCAGCAUGAUAAUGGCUGCCCUAAUUCUCCGACUACUCUAUGGAGCAACUCUUCUAGCAAAGGAGGAUGGAUGCGUAGCAGUUCAAGAGAUCUAGAUGGGGUUAGGGUAGAAACCCUACCAUCUCAACAAGCAUCAGGAAACAAAUUGGAAAUAAUUGCUGAAUCAAGAAGCUUUCCAGGAUACAACCAAGAACUCAAGAAUCCAAUCUUGGAGUUUUCCUUGGGAAGACCAGACGGGCAAAACAAAGAACAUGACUGAUUUAAGAUAGAGUUGUGCUUAGAUAACCAUGGAACUUUCAUGCAUCGUAUUUAGAUUUCCCUUUAUCUCAACCAAAAAAUAAAAGGAAAAACAAAAAAAAAAUCAUAGAUAAUAUAAAUUGAUACAGGGUUUUGAAGGGGAGAAGAAGAAAGUCUUGGCUCUGUCAGUUCAAUGCAUGUCUGUCUGUGUGUCUGUAUAUUCUUUUUUGGGCCAUUGUUGGACUAUGUUUACGAGGUGAUGUUAGUCGUUACAUGGUGUAAUCAAUGAAGCAAAAAGUAGAAGAAAAGAAGGAAUCGGUUUUUAAUGGUGCUUGAUAAA